UUUUUUUUUAAAUUACAAUGGCACGACGUCUGAGCGAUACAACAACUGCCUACCGCCAAACAGGUGCUAAGCGCCCUGCAGGUGAUUCCCAUAGUGACAACGAAUCGGAUAGGCCUGUCAAGAAACGGCAGAUACGGGGUAGAUCUAUGUUAAAGACUUGUGACUGCCGGUGGAAGAAGUUUAAGUUUGACGACAGAUCUCUUUCCAAGUCAUGUCUAUUGAAUGGACGAAUCUGUCGUAAGAAGACCGCUGGCGUGCGUCACUGGAAGCCUGCCAGGGGCCAAUGUCUACUACCAACGGUAGUAACGGAACGUGAAGGGCAGGAGAGUGAUAAACCAACCGCCGAAGAACUAUCGAGGCGAUUGGAUCGAAUCGAGCGGCGUUUGCACCUCAUGUUCCCAGAGCUUUUUCCUGAUCCGGAUAGCGAUGAGGUGACUCUGAUUGACUCCGACGAUGACUCUGUGACUGUUUGUUCAGAGAAUAAUAGCUAUCCGGUGGCUUGUAAAGCGGCUACUAUAAAUAGAUGGCUAGCACAAUCACCGGACUUCUCUGAUGAGGUGUCCUACCCGCAUGCUAUUGCUCCAGCUAAAGAUUAUCUGAGAGAGGUGCCAGAAACAUGCAGUGAGAGUGACACUGCGCCUUCGUUUCGGGCGCCUUCGCCCCCAUUAACUCCCACUUCAUCUCCAGGUGGGGGUGACAGAAGCAGGGAAAGAGGUCAAGGCAGACAUGGAAUUGCUGGAGGUGCCUUCUGGCGAUUGCCUAAACCGUGAUCGUAUAACUUGGUCUGUGCUUUUGGAAAGAGUAUCAAGUCAUACAUCAUGGUCCUCCUGCUAUUCCGUUAAUACGUUGUCUUUCAUAAAUGACACCGAAUAACCAGCAAAAGAGAAAUCAUUACAUUUAAUACAUGACUAACACGAACACAUUCCGGGGUGGAAGAGUGAAAAAAAAACUACCUGUGCUACGUUGUAUGAGCAGGAUAGGACGAAUAUGUAUGAACGGCAUGGGACGUUGAAGCCUUUCAAUAUCCUUACGCUUAGAGAAAUGAUGAGAAAAUGAGUAAGGAUGAAACCCCAGGCUGGUGCUAUUGAAACAGUUUAUGUUUCUUCUGUUUUAGAUGUGGGAUGUGUUUGUUUUAGAUGAUACUUAAUGUAUAUGUACUAUAGGUAUAACAAUGUCAGCAUGUAUCUAUUCAGCCAAAA